AUGACACCCAUAGAACAUAGCGAUCUUGUUCGCCAAGAUGACUCAGACAUAGAACUACCCAAUCUUUCCCUACAACAACAAGAACCUUUACUUGAUCAGACUGCCAUAGAAACAAGGUCUCGUUGGCAACGGUUGAAGCAAAAAUUUACUAUACAAAAUAUCAAGACUUUCUUAUACGAGAAACGAUGGUCUAUUGGCACAUUGGCAUUUUUCACUGUACUUGGCAUCAUUACUUACCAUUAUCGUCGAGAGUUCUUUGAAGCUUUGGAAUUAUUAAGUCAUCGAAUAUCUGACAUGGGAUACAAAGGACAUAUCCUGAUGGCUUCUCUUAUUUUCUUGAGCUCGUUUCCUCCCAUUAUGGGUUAUGGUACUUAUCAAACACUGUCUGGAUUUACCUAUGGAUUUCAAACUGGGUUUCUUAUUUCCUAUCUCAGCGCAUUAGCAGGAGCCACUGCCUGUUUCCAAUUAUCGAGAAUAUGGUUAGGUCACGAUAGAAUCAAACGUAUGUUAGACAAGACAAACAGUAUCAAAAUGAUUGUCAAGGCAGUCGAGAAAAAGGGAUUUAAAUUGUUUGUGUUGAUUCGGUUUUCACCUUACCCAUUUAAUCUGAUGAAUGUCUUGUUUGCUACAACUCAUAUCACAUUAACUCAGUUUGUUGUUGGCACAGCGCUUUCACUCACCAAGAUUGCUUUACAUGUCUAUAUUGGUGCUAAUCUGACUUCGUUUGCUAAACAUUUGCUUGGAGAAGAUAAGGACAUGACAGAAGGGGAAAUUCAAGCAGAACAAAUUAAGUUCUAUGGUGCUAUUGCACUGUCCAUGUUAGGAUUCUUGGUGUUGAUUUAUAUAUAUCGAGUAGCUAAAGCAGUGACACCAGUAGAAGAAGAACAAGAAGAACUCACUCAAGAAGAAGAGAUGCCUUUCUUACGUGAUGAAGAAGAGCACAUAGACAAUGUUUCAUUAGAUAAUUGGGAUACUUGGGGAGAUUAUUCAGAUCAAGAAUCCACUUCUAGUCUUAAGGGUCUUGGCAAAAAUGAUUAA